AGAAGACCAGGCUAAAAAAGAACAGGAAGAGCUAAAGAAAAAAGAGCAGGAGAAUAAGCUAAAAGAAGAAAAAGAAGAGGAAGCAUCAAAGAAGAAUAAGCUCAGUGAGCUCGCUGAAAAUAUUAGCAAAAGUGAAAUAGAAAUAAAAGAAAAGGAGAAAGAAAUAGCUGAAGAGAAAAAGGACAUGAACAAAACUAUGCUCAAGAAAAUGAAAGAGGAAAUAAAGAAAGAACUUGAAGAACUGCAGGGCAAAGAGAUAGUUAGUAAAGCAAUAGGAAAAGUAGAAAAACAAGAAAAAGAACCAGAAUACGAAGAUCCAUUCAAAAGGAGAGACUUGAAAAUAUUAAACGGCCAAAAAAGAGUUGAAACUGCAAAGAAGAGUCUGGAGGAUAUAAUCAGCCGAAAUAAAGCCCAAAAAACUGUUUAA